AUAAUUAGAAAAAGUAUAUUGGUAUAAUUAAAAAAAUGCUAAGUUUAUAUAUAAACACAACUUUGUCGGUGGCUGCCUAGGGUUAACUUCAAAUUAGAAUAAGCUAUGCGGCUUCGCCUGCUUAGGGUUCAAUUCAAAUUAGAAUAAGCUAUGCCGUUUCGUCUGCUGCGUCAGACCAAUUUAGCAUCUUUGGCGGUUCUUCCCGACGAGCUGAUGGUGGAAAUAUUCUCCUAGCUCUCCGUGAAACAUGUUAUGCAAUUGAGAUGCGUCAACAAGUUUUUCAAAACUCUCAUCUCCGAUCCUUACUUUGUUCAAAUGCAUCUCGAAAAAUCAACACCAACGCCUAAUCUCGCACUUGUCUGGCUAGACUGCCGGAAAGAUAGUGAUUCCCAUUUCGUUAGUCAAUCCAUUCCUGGUUUACUCCAAAACCAAUUUAACUCCCUUCGCAAUGAUCCUUCCUAUCGAUUGAUCAAUUUUGUUCGUGUAGACCUAGUUGUUGGUUCAUGCAAUGGAUUGCUAUGCCUUAUUUGUAGUGCAUACCCUUCUUCUCUCGAUGCAUGGCUUUGUUUCUGGAACCCAGCUAUGAGAACAAUAUCUAACGAAUUUGGACUAUUUUAUAGGGCCGUGGAAUUUAAGUUUUGUUUUGGUUAUGAUAAUUUGAAUAAAACUUAUAAGGUGGUUGCAUUCUUGGUCGAUUUAGAUAUUGAUCGUUGUUUAGAAAAUACUGUCAAAAUUUUCAGUUUGGGGGAUAAUUCAUGGAGAGAUAUUCAAUAUUUUCCUGUCGAUGUGAUUCCACUUCAUUGGAUUGAUGCUUGGCACAACAAAGAUGUGUAUUUGAAUGAUAUUAUUUGGAAAGUAUGGAAAAGGGGUUGAUGCACUUGACUAUGUUGAAGCAACAGAUGAGAGCAUGAUUUUCAAUUAAUUAGAAUUGUUUUUUUAGUUUACUUAAAUGAUGCAGAAUCACUCAACUUUUUGAUUUUUUCUUAACGUAUUUAUAAUUAUUUUUGUAUUCAAUAUAAUAUAUAGUAUUUUACAUGCCAUCUCUACCUGUGUUUUUGGAGCAAAUCACUAAAAUUUGAUGCUUAGCUGAUAAGCUAAAUAGUUGUUUGCUUGAUUGAUUUGUCGUUUGCUUUGCUACAUAAUUUGAAUGAAACUUAUAAGGUGGUAGCGUUCAUGGUGGAGAUAGAGGUUGGUGGUAAUCUAAAAAAUGUAGUGAAAGUUUUCAGCUUGGGGGAUAAUUCAUGGAGAGAUAUUCCAUGUUUACCUGUGAUUCCACUUUAUUUGUAUGAUGUUUGUAACAACAAAGAUGUGUAUUUGAAUGGUACUGUUAAUUGGCUGGCCAAUUGCAAUCAUGAUUUUUAUUUGAUGGGUGUUAUUGAAAAUUAUGUCAUUCUUUCGCUAGAUCUCUCCACCGAGUCAUACACUCAAAUGAUGUUGCCUUGUGGUUUGGACAAGGGGCCCCAUGUUCAGGCAAAUAUUGCAAUUUUGAUGAACUUUCUUUGUUUCUGUCAGUGAUUUUCAGAAAAAACAUUUUGUUAUAUGGCAGAUGAAAGAUUUUGGAGUUCAAGAGUCUUGGGUUCAGUUAUUCAAAAUUAGUUAUCAGAAUUUCUAUUCAAUCAACAGUGAUUUAUUUGGUAAACAGCAGUUGGAAUUGUUGCCGAUAUACCUUUGUGAGAAUGGUUAUACUUUGAUAUUGGCAAAUAUUUAUAAGGCACCAACAUUUAUCUGUGAUUGCAGAGACAAUACAGUAGAGCCAAUAAGAAUUACUGAUACG